AACAAAUGGUUUUGACAAGAAUCUUUGCCAGCAGCUGCUAAACAGGAUUAUGUAACACAUGACAAAGAUGUGUUUCCUCUAUUCUGCUCAGCUGAAUAUAUUCAGAUGAAAAUAUGGUGUUUUAUACAGAAAACACCAUUUUAUACUGACCUCAGUUCAUUUAAAAUUGCAUAUAAAAAAAUCAGACAGGCACGCAGGCCUGCAUGCUGAGCUGACCGUUAUUGGCAAUAUUAUGUUCAUGCUCAUUGUAGUGUAGGAGGGAGUGACUCGCGCAUGCGUAUCAAACGUCGUGCUCCUGCUAGUGUUAAGUGCCUAUUGAAAGAAAAAAAACAAAAACAAAGGCAGUGAGCUGCAGCUGGGAAAUGUCAUCAGUCAUUCCUUAAUGGAGGACACAGUCUUCUAGCAAUCAAUUCAGCGCUGCCUCUGUUUGAGGCUGAAGAAAAGAGUCCGGCUGUCUGUCUGUGGGGGCACAGGGAAGCCUCACCUCGCAGUGAGUACAUAUCAGUCACGGAGAAUCCACAGGUUCCGCCUCCGCCUUCACGUUAGAACCGUUUUUGGACCUUUUCCGCUCCGAACAGCUGGAGUUGCGGCCGAGAAAACUGUUGCAUCAGUCGAGACGGCGCCGCGCAGCGCGGACCGGUUCGUCCUCUCCGAGCGACGGAUUUCCUUCAGUCCAAACGACCAUUCAGGAGCCACGUUUUCAUUAUAAGGAAGUCGUUUCGGCGUCCGAUCGCGCGGAGGUUCGGUUCGGAUGUUCGGCCGCGAAGAGGGAAGUUACCUGCAGAGGCGCUGUCCGUGGUGCUGAAGUCGUCCGGUCCCAGCCUGAACCUCCAGCUUCAAACUAAACUUCCAGAGACUUUCAGCCUCUGCAGCUCCCUAAAGAGCUGAAUAUGCUCACUCUGAACAGAGUUCUACUCAACACUGUGGCCUUUUUGAUUUUGUCUGUCCAAUUGUGCAGGCCAGUAUGUGUGGAUGUACCGUCGGAUACGGAAGCAGUCCUCGGGACCCAGAUGAGGCUGACCUGCAUCUCCUGUAUGAAGAGGGAGGAGGUCAAAGCACGGACGCUCGUGAACUGGUUCUACUUUUCAGAUUCAGGUGACGUGACUCAUAUAUACAAAUACGAGAACUCUAAAGAGACAGAUGUGGACGGACCCUUCAAAGGUCGUUUGGUCUGGAACGGGAGCAAAGACUUGCAAGAUCUCUCCAUUGUGAUCCUCAACGUCACCUUAAACGACAGCGGUUUAUACCAGUGCCAGGUUUCUCGGGAGUUUGAUUUUCGCUUCUUUACUCCCACCUUUUCCAUCACAAAGAACAUCAGUCUGACGGUGAAAGAGAAAGCCUCUGAGGACACCACGGCAAUCUACUCUGAGAUCAUGAUGUAUGUGUUGCUUGUGUUCUUGACCUUCUGGCUUCUGGUAGAAAUGGUGUACUGCUACAGAAAGAUCUCCAAGUCUGAUGACCAGGCGCAGGACACGGCGACAAACUACCUAGCCAUCCCUUCAGAGCAGAAAGACAAUCCAGCUGCUCCAGUUACCGAAUAAAACAGGUUUCAUUGACACGGUAUUGAUCGGUCACGACCAGACCUCAGUGUCAUGUGGCUCAAGCAUGUACCGACGCCCUGAUCACAUCAAUGUUGCUAUCAUAUCAUAACUGUAAGCCAUGCAGAUCUACUGUGUAUCAGAUGUGUUUUUGUGAAGAACCGGUUGACAUAGCCAAGAUUUUUGUUUUUCAUUGUUCUUUUGUCUUUUUAAACCUUUAUGAAAAGCUUCUACAAUCAAGUGCUUUCACAAAUACCGUUGCUGUCCUGCACUUUUUACCUAAUAAUUAACAGCCAUGCUCUUUGGGGACCUGCCAUUAUUUAGACUUGGUAACUCUUUCCUAAUAGUCAGUAGUGCCUCUGUGAUUUUUAUAACUUUUAUGAACUUUUACCUUAUGUGCUUUUCCUUCUGUGGUCAAGCCUAAUAAAGUCAAACUUCUAUACUAACUCUGUAAUACUAGCUUAAUAUUUUUAUUAUGUUUUCUAUGAAAUGAUGUGAUUUUUGGGUCACAUUUUUAUUUGUAUCGGUGCGAUGUCAGGAUUGUAAAUCUUUUUUACAGGAUGCAUCUUUCACUGUUUCCUUUUUAUGAACGCGUUAUUAAAUUUGCAUUGUAACAAUACAGAUAAUAUUACAUUUUGUUAAUUAUAAUCUGUACAUAUAUUCAUUUUCUUUAAUUCAUCCCUGAUGUCAGAGAUCAGCAGGUCAAGUCUUACCGCACUUCAUUCGACAGAAAUGUAACUUUCAAGCUUUGACUGUUGCUGAAGGUCUGAAGUAGCUUUGCUAUUGCGACUAAAUGUGUGCCUCUUUCUAUAGUGCAAGGCUGUAGAAAUGUUUAUGAUUUGAUUCAGUCAUGCCAUGCUGUUCUUAGCUGUGACAGAAGCAGUGCAUCUCAUGUGUGACUGAGCUACUUUUGAACGAUUAAACACAGUGCAUCCAACCGAGCAUGUGAGCUUAUUCAUUUUCAUUACUCCUGUUUUGACGUUCUUGCACAGAUGCUGAUAAGCUAUGGGUCUACGACACACUGAAUUUAUUUUUUACUAGAAAACAGAAAAAAAUAAGUUUUAUUGACUUUCUGUGCAUCCUCCUUGUUAUGUGAGAGUGUGGGGAAAAAAACAAAAAAA